AUUGUGUUUAAGCAGAGCUUGUAAAACUCCGGCAAGGAAUGAGUGUAAUUCCGAUAAGUUAGUUCCGUUGUAUCAGUAUUAACAAGCAUACAAAGAAGCAGUUAUACGGGAAGUUUAUAAAACAAACAAAAGAAAGCAUAUACAUUAAGUGCAUUCACAAGGAACGCAACUGUUUGUAGUAACACACACACACACGCCCACCAGCUAGCGAACCACGUUGGUUGUGCAAUUGCGAGGAUGGCGUCAAAGAUGUCCCGCACCACCCCAACGAAAGGAAUCGUCGGAGGAGGAGGAGGCCGGGCGGAAGGUUUCGAAGAUUAUUUGGAUGCACUUCUUGCCGACCUUCAGAACACGGUCCCCGGACACAAUCAGCAGCAGCAUGGUGGUGGCGGUGCCUCAUCCGUUCCCGGAUAUGGUAGCUUGAAUGGAGUUCGGAACAAGCAGCAGACGAGUCCCGUUCCGCAAACAUAUCAAAACACCACCGCCAAAACGGUAACCGAGUCGCGUGCGACCAACGGCUACAAUGGCUCACUGCCCAGGUCGACGACACCGCACAACUCCUUGCCACGGUCCAGCACGCCCCAGAAACUGCAAACGUCUGCUUCCGGCAAUCUGUCCGAGCUGGAUUCGCUGCUGCAGGACUUGAGCAGCGCCCGGUACGGCAAUGUCGCCGAGAAGCAACCGAGCAACGCCAUCGUCACUAGUCCAUCUCCGUAUGCCAUUAACGAUAGCAUUAAGCGACCGUCGGUCGACAGCCUGCUGGAGGAGCUAAGCAAUGCGCACUCCAACCCAAUCUAUGCGGUCCCGCACGGGAAUCAAAAUGCAAACCAACCCGGUCGGCAAGUCACGAUAACGGUGCGUGAAACUACGACGGAAAAGCUUACCGGUACACCAAGCGCACAGUAUCAAAAUCAGCUGUACCAACAACAGCUGGCCCAAAACGAGUCGCACACUUCGUCGGCCACGAAGGAAUUGGACGAUCUGAUGGCGUCACUGUCGGACUUCAAGAUCAGCGCCGGCACGUCGCACCAGCACCAGUCGGUGACGGACUACGCGAAGCCAAACCAGGGCACCUCGCACUACCAGAGCACGCUGACGACGGUCUCGACCACCGAGCAUCUGCCGCCGGCCUCGUCCGAUCAGCUCGAUUCUAUGCUCGGCAACCUGACCGCCGAUAUGAGCCGCCAGGGUGUGAACACGACGCAGAAGGGCUGCUGCAACGCGUGCGACAAACCGAUCGUCGGGCAGGUGAUAACGGCCCUCGGCAAAACGUGGCACCCGGAGCACUUUACCUGCAACCACUGCAACCAGGAGCUGGGCACGCGGAACUUCUUCGAGCGCGACGGCAACCCGUACUGCGAGCCGGACUAUCACAACCUGUUCAGCCCCCGGUGCGCCUACUGCAAUGGGCCGAUUCUCGAUAAAUGUGUGACAGCGCUCGAGAAAACGUGGCACACGGAGCACUUCUUCUGCGCCCAGUGCGGCCAGCAGUUCGGCGAGGACGGGUUCCACGAGCGCGACGGCAAGCCGUACUGCCGCAACGACUACUUCGACAUGUUCGCGCCGAAGUGCAACGGGUGCAACCGGGCCAUCAUGGAGAACUACAUCUCCGCCCUGAACAGCCAGUGGCAUCCGGACUGUUUCGUGUGCCGGGACUGCUCGAAACCGGUCACCGGCAAGUCGUUCUACGCGAUGGAAGGCAAACCCGUCUGUCCCGGCUGUGUCGGCGCUGAUGAGGACGAGUAAAAUAAGCAAUCAUCGGCAGCAAAGUAGUAGCAUCGAAUGUGCCGCGGUGGUGUGAUGUGGUGGUCAAGAGAAACGCGAGUCGCGAUUGAUGCCCAAAACGGAUCAGCUUUUGCGAGGGAGUGCGGGGGCAGUGUUGUGGCAGCGAGGAUGCAACUUAUCAAUGGAGCGGCCAGCAGCCGAAAUGAUGCAAUAUCCGGUUGUAAGAAGUGCGCUGGUCCCAAAAGGGUGGGUGAUGAUGAUCCGGUGAUGAUUGGCAUCAUCCGAGGUUAAAAAUAGCCUUCCCUCUCCGCUCCCUGAUUAGUGUGUCCGAGCUCCAUCACAGCACAGCACCAUCAACUGCUCCUGCGUGCGUGCUUUCGACGCGCGCGGUAAAUCAAUCGACCAACGCCGCCACUCUCGUCUCUCACACACUCGACCAUCGAAUCCGUCCGUUCUGCGAUGCUGAAAAAACACAAGAUGACCUACAUCUGCGGGGGUUUUUUUUUAAUACACAAAACGCACACGCCUCAAUUUUCACCACGUCCCCUCCCCCAUGCUCCCGUUUUGCACGGCACAACAAGUUCGGAAACUAUUUUCAGCCGACAUUCUCGAUGCGUGAACGCGCGCGCGAAAUGGAAUAGUGUCACGGCACAAACACCCAGCGAGAUAAUCUCCCUCCUCCAUCAUCGUUCCCCAAUUCUCUGUGCAAUGGAGGUCAUCAUUCUAGCAUCUCCGCCUUCCCCAUUUGCCCCCCUCUUGUUAAUGUUGUUUUUCUUACCUAAGCAAGUCCUUACGGCAUGACCCACCCCGUACACAAGACAUGUAAGGUGGCGCUCGCGUAGAGACAGAAUGACGCCCAGCGCCGACCAGCAUUGUGAUGCACACUUUUUGGACGAUCACACACAUACACACCUUUUUUGGACGAUCGAAAGAAAAACAAUGACCCCCCGCGGGCCAUACACUUACCACCUUACUUUAGGUACUUUAGCUUUUGGCAUAAUAACAUGCACCCCCCAAAAUGCGGCUUCUCUGUUUAGGAAUUGUACUGGACUGUACUCGGCCACAAAUUUGCAUCACCUUAUCACUUUACCCGACCGACCCUUUGAAUCUAAUAUAUUGUUAUAAAUGUAUAUUGUAAAUAAAGAGCGAUUAAACAAGACGAUAAAUAAACAAAAAACAAAACAAAAAACAGAAAAAAACAAAACAAAACACACACUAUUUUAAAGA